AUGGAGUCUAUAGGUGGACAGCUGCUGAAGGCUGUUGAGGAGGCUGACUUGGAAGAGGUACUUGAUAAUCUUCGCGCAGCUCUUCCCACUCAGCCAGGCGGAACUGGCACCAGACGCAUCAAAACCACACACCUGAACGACCUCGACCAACUCACUGCUCAGCAGCUUCGAGCCACCCAGGCUCCCACAAUCUCCCUCUCUGGCCGAAGCCUCCCAUUAGUAUACAAGAUAAUAUCAACACUUGUCUCGCCGCCUCAUUCUCUCGCUCUCUUCGUCCUCGACUUCGAUGGCCGCUUCGACGCCACUCGCCUCACAUGCGCCGAGCAAGACCUGCAGCACGUCUACGUUCAACAGCCGCCAUACAGCGAAGGAUCCAACACCAACGCCGAGCACAUCCGAUCGCUCAUCGAAGAUGCCGAGCGCUUCAUGAUCUACGAAGACGACUCGGCGGCGUCUCGCACGCGUGAGUGGUGGGGAACCAUUCUUCUGGGCGGGCUGGGAGCGGGAGAUUUGGUUGCUGGGUGGAAAGGCUGGCUUCACGUUGAGCGUGAGAAUGUGGCAGAGUAUUCUAUGAGAGUGACUUUGGAGGAUGCUUUUGAGAGACGCUCUGAUAGACAGGAAGUGGUUGAUAGGACUGGGUGGGCAGCAACAUCACAGUGGGGAGGAUUUACAUUUGAGGAUUGA